GAUUAAUUGGAAUUAUCUCCCUUGACCCAAUAAUUGGAGACAACUUGUGAAUUGGGGGGCCUACCUGGUAACCUUUGCCACUUUCCCUCAUUUACAGUGAUCAAAACAGAUCUGUUGGUAGGACAUUUGAAGAUAGUGGAGAUUAUAAAAAAAAUGGAAACCAAGCAAUUCAUUGCCCUGCAAGGGUUUGAACUACUAUACUUAUUAGUUCUAGUAUUUUUACCGUAUGUUAUUGCCCAGAAGAUUGUAGGACUGACAAUAGUAUUUAUAGCCAGUGUCAUGAUUGUAACUUUUAUUAUUAAAAACUACCUCACUAAGAUGAUUGAUAUUGAUGGUAAAACCGUUCUGGUUACUGGAUGUGAUUCAGGAUUUGGCAAUGCAAUUGCUCAGAGAUUGGAUUUUAUGGGAUUUACGGUGUAUGCUGGUUGUCAAGAUCUAAAGAGUGAUGGUGUAGAAAGAUUAACCAGUAGUACAACUGGUCGUAUGCAUGUUAUACAAUUAGAUGUAACUGAUGAUAAAAGUAUUGAUGAAUGUUAUGAUGAAGUAUAUAAAGCUUGUUCUACUACAGGAUUAUGGGCUCUAAUAAACAAUGCUGGUAUUAAUUUUGUUGGGGACGUGGAAUUAACACCUUUGAAUAUGUACAGACAAGUUGCUGAAGUGAAUUUAUUUGGUGUUAUUAACAUGUCUAAAACAUUCCUACCAUUAAUCCGUAAAGCCAAAGGACGAAUUAUCAACACAACAACUGCUCCUAUAUUUCCACCAUCUCAAUCAGCUUGUGCUUUCACUAAGAAUGCUGUAGAAGCAUUUUCUGAUUGUCUACGUCUAGAAAUGAGACAGUUUGGUGUUAAAGUUUCUAUAAUAGAACCUGGUAACUUUUAUGGUAGCACUGGAAUGCUGGGAGAAAAAUCUGUGAGCCGUAUGAGACAAGAAUGUGAUGAAAUGUGGGAUAAGGCUAGUCAUGAAGUAAAAACAUCGUAUGGUAGAGAUUAUGUUGAAGCCCAGUAUAGUAAAAACGUAGAUUUAGUAAAACAGACAACCUGUACUACAUUAGCUCCUGUAGUUGAUGCUAUGGAGAAUGCUGUGAUGAAUACAAAUCCAUCUAUAAGAUAUUUAGUUGAUGGCAGUAAUCAGUGGUAUGAUUAUAAUAAUGUUUUGGUCCGAUUAAAACCAUAUUUACCAGCGUACUGGAUUGAUAAUUUAAUAGACAGAUCUUAUAUCUUAAAACAUACAUUAACAAAUAAACCAACUCGCAAUUAAAAUAUUACUUUUAUAUUUUACAUCAUCUCAUAAUAAUUAAAUUAUUCUUCAUUAUUGGAUAAUUAGUCUAUAAAUAUUAUCUAGUCAAGCUUCUCAUAAAGACUUCUCUUUAUUUUCACCAUAAAAUGUAAUUUAGAAGGUUUUUUUUAUCUUUAACUUUAAUGAAACACACAUCAAAUAAAGCCUUUCUCUCUUGAUGUUCAUAAAAUUGAAAAUUCAUGGAUUUGUUUUUUUGUUAUAAUGCUAGCUAAUUGCCUGUGUGUACCAACCUGCAAGAUCUAAAUUUUCUGUGAUGACGUGAAGAGGCAAUUAAAUAAUCAAUCCUGAA